UAGCAUGUAUAUAAAGCCCGUGCAGGUGGCAGCCUUCCCCUCACCACCGUCGCCAACGCCAAGAACCACAACACAGACCACACAGGGAGGACGACGAAGGCGACCGCGCCGGCGCGACGCGCCAUGGCCAUGGCUCGCUCCGUGGCGCACCUCUUCUUUCUCCUCCUCCUCGUCUCCACCGCGCCCGCCGUGCGUACCAUCCCCGACGCCGCCGCCGCCGCCGCCGGCGGAAACAACAAUAACAUCCAGGAGGCGUGCAGCAGGACGCUGUUCCCCAAGGUGUGCGUGCAGGCGCUCAAGGACAACCCGGAGUGCCAGGGCGGCGGCCCCGCCGUCACGCCGCGCCGCCUCGCGGAGCUGCUGGUGUACGUCUCCGCCGAGGUGGGCAUGACGGUGGCGGCGUUCGCGCACCACGAGCUCAACGGCAUCAAGGACGACGUGCUGUACAAGUGCCUCGACACCUGCUCCGAGGACAUCGAGGAGGCCGUGGCGCACCUCAGCGCGCUCUCCCGCGACUUCUCCGACGCCAAGUUCCUCGAGGUCAAGUCCUGGCUGUCCUCCACGCUCGGGGGCACCUCCACCUGCGAGGACGCCUGCAAGGACGCCCCCGUCAGCGACAUCAAGAACGCCUGCGUCACCAAGAGCUUCGAGUUCGAGAAGCUCCUGCGCGUCACGCUCGACCUCAUCACCGAGGCUUCCGGCUCCAUGUCCGCCGCUGAGGUCGCCCUGCCGCCCUCCGGCGGCGGCGCCAGCGCGCCGUCGUCGUACGACGCGGCGGCGCCGUCGUCCGGAGGUUACGGCCCGUCCGCUGGUGGCGCCCCCGCCAGCGGAUCACCGGCACCGGCCCCGGGGAAGAGUACUGCUUCCGACGACGCGGACGCGACUGCAUGAUCGAACGACGCACACGCACGCCUUAUGUGACAAGGAUUUUGUUCUUUCCAUCCCACAAAUUUCCAUAAGUAUGCCAGUUUAGAAUUAGAGUUAUUUGGAGGGUCGAGCUGCAUAUAAUUGUUAAUUGAUGCAAAUAUAAUGAGGCCAGAAAAUGGCACAUAGGCCUUAGCUGAGUGUGUUUUGUUAUUAUUAUUACUACUUUUUGAUGGGAUGGGUUGAAGGAUUCGAUGUAGCAUUGAUGUUUUCUUUUGCGAAAAAUGUAACAUUCAUGUUAGCUAUGUUACUUUGACAUGUUGCAGCAGUAAA